GGCCAGAGAAGUUUCCUGUUAGAGGAAAAGGGAAAAAGUGACUUCUCAUUGAGAACACUGGACACUUAUUGGACUCUGGGCUGUUUGGAGGCUUUUCUCCGAGGAACAAAAGCGAGUCUGACGCAUCUUGUUCUCUUGGAAGGUUCUUGCUGAUCAAUCUGCCAGUGGCCAAGAGAGGAACAUCAUUAUUAACCUGAAGGAACCAAACACCAAAGACAUGAAAGAGGAAGAACCAGAACCUCAAGGAAUUAAAGAAGAACAGCUUGGACUGUGUAUCUUUCCAGAUGAAAAGCAACUUGUUAAGCAGGAGACAGAAACCUUUGUAGGGUUUUCUGCGUGUGACAAACUAUUUCAAGUUGAACCUGAAGUGCAACAGAUGAAGGUGACAAAGGAGGAACCAGAACCUGUAGAGAUUAAAGAGGAACAUGGGGAUCUCUGGAGUAAUGAGGAUGAUGAGCAGCUUGUAGAGAAGCAGGAGGCUGGCACCUUUAAGGUGACUCCUCUGGAUUUAAAACAUGACACAAAUGAACCAGAAGAGAAAAUGAACCAACUUCCCAAUGCAGACUCCCCUGAAGGUGAGAAGCAACAUCAGCAGCAUAAUAAUCAAGAAGAGUCAGGAUCAAACACAGAUGAAGAGCUAAAGCGUAAAAAGAGACGAGAGAAAACCAAAGAUCACAGUGAUGGUUCAAAAAUAAAAAGACAUAAGACCAAUAAACCUUGUGAAGCAUGUAGUAAAUGUUUCACCAAGUGUAGAUGUUUGACUAAUCAAAUUAGGAAAAAUAGAGGAGAGAAAUCUUUCCUGUGUGUGCUUUGUGGAAAAGGUUUCCCCAGACAAAGUAAUUUAAAUGUCCACAUGAGAGUCCACACAGGGGAGAAACCUUUCUCCUGUCCAAGUUGUGCAAAAGGGUUUCCCGCUAAAGGUAGCCUGAAUAUUCACAUAAGAACUCAUACGGGCGAGAAGCCGUAUGCAUGUGAAAUGUGUGAUAAAUCUUUCCGUUUUGGCAGUAGUCUAGCUAGUCACAUGAGAACGCACACUGGUGAGAAGCCUUUUUGCUGUCCAACUUGUGCAAAAGGGUUUCCCACUAAAGGUAGCCUGAGUAAGCACAUAAGAACUCAUACGGGCGAGAAGCCGUAUGCUUGUGAAAUGUGUGAUAAAUCGUUCAGCUGUAGUGAUAGUCUGGCUUGUCACAUGAGAUCCCACUCAGGUGAAAAACCUUUUUCCUGUCCAACUUGUGCAAAAGGUUUUUCCAAUAAAAGUAACCUGAAUAUUCACAUAAGAUCUCAUACGGGCGAAAAGCCAUAUGCAUGUGAAAUGUGUGAUAAAUCGUUCAGCUGUAGUGGUAGUCUGGCUUGUCACAUGAGAUCCCACUCAGGUGAAAAACCUUUUUCCUGUCCAACUUGUGCAAAACGUUUUUCCACUAAAGGUAGCCUGAGUAAGCACAUAAGAACUCAUACGGGCGAGAAGCCGUAUGCUUGUGAAAUGUGUGAUAAAUCGUUCAGCUGUAGUGAUAGUCUGGCUUGUCACAUGAGAUCCCACUCAGGUGAAAAACCUUUUUCCUGUCCAACUUGUGCAAAACGUUUUUCCACUAAAUGUAACCUGAGUAGGCACAUAAGAACUCAUACGGGCGAGAAGCCUUAUCAUUGUAAAGUGUGCGAUAAAUCUUUUACUUCCUCUAAUAGUAGGCUUGAACAUAUGAGAACUCACACAGGUGAGAAGCCUUAUCAUUGUAAAGUCUGUGACAAAUCUUUCAGUACUUGUAGUAAUUUAGCUGGUCACAUGAGAACGCAUACUGGUGAGAAGCCUUUUUCCUGUCCAACUUGUGCAAAAGGGUUUUCUCAAAGAGGUCACCUGAAUAAGCACAUAAGAACUCAUACGGGCGAGAAGCCUUAUCAUUGUAAAGUGUGCGAUAAAUCUUUCACUUCCUAUAGUAGUUGGCUUGAACAUAUGAGAACUCACACAGGUGAGAAACCUUAUCAUUGUAAAGCGUGUGACAAAUCUUUCAGCAUUAACAGUCAUUUAGCUAUUCACAUGAGAACACACACAGGUGAGAAGCCUUUUUCCUGUCCAACAUGUGCAAAAGGGUUUCUCACUAAAGAUAGCCUGAUUAUUCACAUGAGAACGCACACUGGUGAAAAACCUUUUUCCUGUCCAACUUGUGCAAAAGGGUUUUCUCAAAGAGGUAACCUGAGUAUGCACAUAAGAACUCAUACAGGCGAGAAGCCUUAUCAUUGUAAAGUGUGCGAUAAAUCUUUUACUUCCUCUAGUAAUAGGAUUAGACAUAUGAAAACUCACAGGUGAGAAGCUGUAUGCUUCUAAAGCGUGUGCAGGCAUGGACUGGUAAUCGGGCAUUUUCCCGGUGGGCCGACGUGCUGUUUGGGCCGGCAGACCC